AUGCCCGCUCCUGAAGUUGCACCUGUUCAUACACACGAGACUACCAAAACACUAGGACAUGUUCUCUCGUCACUUCGGCUGCCGCAUCAGAAAACUGACGAUACUACAACCAGCUUGCGCGCAAUCACUCGGAAUCUCCUUGCAACCGGCACACCCAGUCUUGCCGCCGCAUUCACAGCCGCAGCUCGAUCCCGCCUACGUCAGACCAGUGCUAAACGUAUAGCGACAACAAACGGCUUAUUCACGACUAGUCACAACGGUAUCCAUGCUAUUCCCACACCAGAGCUAGAUAAUGCCCUCGCCCGCGCUCGUUCUCUAUAUGGAGCUGGAAUGGGUUUCGCCAGUCUGAGUAUCCUUUCGUCUAUCGUAAAGGCAACUGUUGGCCUGAGGUGGGAAGAGGAUGGUGGAAUGGCAGAUGUUUUAGCAGUCAUCGAUGCCGAUAUCAGCCAAGCUAUUCAGAGUUGCAAAGAAGAACUGGAAGGCGGACGAAACGAUACAGCGGUUGCUCAAGAAGCGAUAAGCAAUCUAUGGUCGGGUAUCGAGGAAAGUGCCAGGGACGUUGAAAUUUGGGGGGGAGAAUUUCCUUAUGACAGAGCAUCCAACAGCAUCGAGUGCUGGAAAAUUUAA